CCGCGGCCCCGGGGGCGGGGACAGCGGGUGCGGGGCGGGCCCGGGCCGGGGGUGGCCUCGCCACGGAGCCGCCGUUCCUCGGGUCUGCCGCGGCGGCGCGAGCGCAACUCCCGCCGGAGAGAGCCCCGAGCAGAGGAGAGAGGGGACCUGUCCUCUUCCUGCGGGCCUCUAGGAGAAGCGGCUCGUGUCCCCGGGCCCGGAAUCAAGAAACCGGGAACUGGUCCACUGGGCGCCGGCAUUCCGCAGGCAAGGGAGAUCGGACCCUGUACCCUCCGGUUGCUGGCAGGGACUCUGACUCAUUAAGGGAGAGCUGAGUGUCAGCAGAGGGGGCAGACAUCAGCCUCCUGGAGGAAUUCCCAGCAGUGUUGCUCAUAGCACCACUUGGCCAGAAGGAGAUCAGCAUGGGGGUCUUGGAUGAGAAUGCCACCAACACCUCCACCAACUUCCUUUCUGUGCUCUCUUCCCGUGGAGUGCAAGCUGCUUCCUUCCCAUUUAACUUCAGCUAUGGCGACUAUGAUAUGCCCUUGGAUGAGGAUGAGGAUGUGACCAAUUCCCGGACUUUCUUUGCGGCCAAGAUCAUCAUUGGCAUGGCCCUGGUGGGCAUCAUGCUUGUGUGUGGCAUUGGCAACUUCAUCUUCAUUGCUGCCUUGGCCCGCUACAAGAAGCUGCGUAACCUCACCAAUCUGCUCAUUGCCAACCUGGCCAUCUCUGACUUCCUGGUAGCUGUUGUCUGCUGCCCCUUUGAGAUGGACUACUACGUGGUGCGCCAGCUCUCCUGGGAGCAUGGUCAUGUUCUGUGUGCCUCUGUCAACUACCUGCGUACUGUCUCUCUCUAUGUCUCCACCAAUGCCCUGUUGGCCAUCGCCAUUGAUAGAUAUCUGGCCAUUGUCCACCCGCUGAGACCCCGGAUGAAGUAUCAAACAGCCACUGGCUUGAUUGUCUUGGUGUGGACGGUGUCCAUCCUCAUCGCCAUCCCUUCAGCCUACUUCACAACUGAAACUGUCCUCAUUAUUGUCAAGAGCCAGGAGAAGAUCUUCUGUGGCCAGAUCUGGCCUGUGGACCAGCAGAUCUACUACAAGUCCUACUUCCUCUUCAUCUUUGGCAUUGAGUUCGUGGGCCCCGUGGUCACCAUGACUCUGUGCUAUGCCAGGAUCUCCCGGGAGCUCUGGUUCAAGGCGGUGCCUGGUUUCCAGACAGAGCAGAUCCGGAAGCGGCUGCGCUGCCGCCGGAAGACGGUGCUGGUGCUCAUGUGCAUCCUCACCGCCUAUGUGCUGUGCUGGGCGCCCUUCUACGGCUUCACCAUUGUGCGUGACUUCUUCCCCAUGGUGUUCGUGAAGGAGAAGCACUACCUCACGGCCUUCUAUGUUGUUGAGUGCAUUGCCAUGAGCAAUAGCAUGAUCAACACCGUGUGCUUCGUGACCGUCAAGAACAACACCAUCAAGUACUUCAAGAAGAUCAUGCUGCUCCACUGGAAGCCUUCGUACAAUGGAAGUAAGUCCAGUGCAGACCUUGACCUCAAAACCAUCGGGGUGCCUGCCACCGAAGAGGUGGAUUGCAUCAGACUGAAAUAACUCAAUGGACCUUUCAAAGUUUAAACACAGACGGGACCUUUGGGACCCUAACCAGUGUGUUUAGUUUCACACUAUCAAUUAAGAACUCUUGGUUUGCUGCAGAGGGCAGAGAAAAUGGACAACUAUAUGAACACUGUGUUCAAGGAGCUCAGAAUUUCUAAAACUGAUGUGACUAGAUACCAUCACCCGUGGCCAACAUUCACUGAAUGUCUAAUUUGUGCAGAGUAGGCACAGAUGAAACUUAUAUAUGUCGACUAUGUUUAAAUGGCAAAAAGAAAUAGAGAUUAAACCAAGAAAAAUGUUGGAGCACGGACGGUCUGGAAUAAGGGAGUUUCCAGAAGAGAAUGCGAGUUGGCAUCUUGGACCGUGGUACAUGUGUUUGUAGAAUGAUGGUCUCUCUGGACCCUUUCAGCUAUUCAUCAGACACUGAUGUAGCCCAUCUUUAGGAUUAUUCUUAGGCUUGAGUUGGCUCCUAACAUUUGCAGAGUUGAAGCAAGAGAACAAAACAGGUUCCUGGUUCUUUCUCUAUCCUUCUCUUCUUAUCCCUUGUCUUGACUCUCACUGUGAGAAGCCUUACAUGCAUGCACAUGGACACCUCAGUAUGCAUGGCCAAGUUCUGUCCAAACCCUCUUCCUGUACCUUGCCCCAUGACCACCCCUCGGACCUAGGGCUGUACCUAUACAUGGUGAGACCCAUCAUCAGGAGGAUAGACCUGGGGAAGAAAUCACACAGACCUUGGAAGCCAUUUGGGCAUGGAAUUAUGGGGUUCUAGGUACUCGGAGCAAGUCAAGAGGGAAAAGCCUGGGCUCAGGAUGGUUAUGUCUUCUUGGCUCCAUGGACUUCUUGCCCCAGAGCACAGGUGGACGACCUCUGAAAGUGUGUGGGGCUCAGGGCAGGGGCUCAGGUUCUCUGGGUCUAAAGGGUGAUACUGCUUCCACCUCUCAGUUAUUCUAGCUUAGACCAAUCAGGCUUUCUCUUAAGUCCUUCUCUUCCCUCUAAUGUUUCCAUGCUUGUGACGCAUGGAAUCUUUGAAAGUUGACAAAACACCUCAUGGAUGUGGCUAUCAGCCAUUUUUCCAUUCCCACCAGCUCUCACUCUCGUUCAAAUGAUUUGAGGGCAAAAUGUCUUUGUCACUGGUGCCUGAAUCCUAUCAUAGUCAUUAUUCCUCUGGAUUAAGACUUGAUUCUCUUUUAAAAUGGAGGUAUUCUUGGGAGGGGUAACCCAUCACAUUUCUACUUCUCAGUGUCAAUGAAUUUAUGCAAUCCAGUGGCAAGUGAUGAAUUUCAGUGGUAGAGCCCUGGGCACCCAGAAAAGAAAAGAACAUACAAACUGGGGUGGGGGGCAACAAUGAGAUUGUGUGACUCUACAGGCUUAUUGAGAGCUCAUCCCACUUUCUAAUCCACCUGCUUUGUUUGGUGUUUUGAAUUUUGGAAUUUGGAAUUUUGGAACCAGAAGAUCUGAUGCAGUUUUGGCUGUGUCACCUGUGUGGCCCAGGGUAAACCCUUUCAGAAGGGUCAAAGACAGUAUCUGUGUUAGCUACUGAUGAGGUGGUUGUGAAGAGCCAGUGAGAUAAUAUGUGGGAAAAUUCUUUCAACCACACAAGUAAUCAGAAGAAUGGACUAAUAACUGUGAAUAGUGUGCCUGGACAAGGAAAAACUUGUUACUCUGGCAUAUGUGUCUAGAAGCCUCACCCUCUCCCCCUUUCGUUAGUCUUUGUGUGAAUCAUUCCCUUACCCCUCUGAGCAAUGCUGUAUGCAUUAUGUUCCUAAUAACAUGUUGGUACAACAAGGUAGUGACAGUUUGUGGCAGAAGUGUAAAAGGAAAUGGUAGAUUGGUUCCCAGUCAGAAGAUGAGCUCCAGGUGUUAGAAACUUCAGAAUCGGAGCAUCUUUGUGAUCAUGGAAGUAUUCACCAUCUUCCUAUGCCUGUUCCCAGCCAGCAUGAAUCUGGGCAAUGCGAUAUCUGUUUCUCAGUCUAUUUUUAUUCUCAUGAAUGUGUACAGCUAUGGAGUGGACUUGUCCUUUUUUCUUAAAUAAGUUUAGAGCAGCACAUUUAUAAUGCUAUUUAAGUGAUAUUUGUAUGGACUUUUCCCCCUCCAAAUACAGUCAACUCUUUAUUUUUGGCAGCAAAGUUUAUUUUUUUUAUAGUUACUUUAUUUCUCUAGAAGAUGCAUUUCAUCUUCUAUUUAUUUCUUUCCAUUAAUCAUCCAGCAGACUUACCCUACAGUUUAAUCAGAAUACUCUCAGAGAAUAAAAACUAAUUAAAUUAUUAGCCUAAAGCCAACAUGCCUUGGAAGACAAUUCUUAUUUUUUAUAAAAUCAUAUAUUGCAUUUUAAAAUCAGAAAAGUUAGUUUUUGGACUAAAAAAUAAUAAAAUUAUAUAAUCUGUUGUCAUUAUGUUCAUCUUUUCCAUUAGGAAUGCUAACCAAGAGUUGACUAUUAAAUAGGAGCUUUUUGUAUGUGACAACCAAACCUCUUUCUGCUUUUUAGCCUAGAAUGUGUCAAUUUUUCACUCGUUUAAUUAUCUGUACUGUUUCUAGAUAUUGUGUCUGCUUGUGAUUUUAUAGUGAAUGAAAGUGUUGUGUUGUUAUCAAGUGAAAUAAAAAAAUAUAUAUAUAUAUA